AUGGUUUUAUAUCAAGAUAUUCUUAGUCAAGUGUUUGAAUGUACACUGAAUGAUUCAAGGGUUGAUUUAUUGGAACGGAUUUUCACUUUACAUUCAUGCAUCUUGGUAAAUCGUACUUGGUGCACGAGCGGAUAUCAGAUUCUUUGGCGAGAACCAUUCACCCUCUUAUCCAAAUUACGCUGCGUCCAAGGACGACAUACAUCACUCACCUCGACCUACCUAAAAUGUUUGCCCGAAGAUGUUAAAUUUCAAUUUAUCGAAUCAAGGGCAGGCGGAUUGAUUUCUUUAAAUUCACCAGCGUUCGAUUAUUCGAAGGCCCUGAAGAAAUUUUCAUACGUUGAUUUCCAGCAUUCCAUAUUUCAUUGGAUAAACACACACAUUUCAUCCGACAUAAGCAAUCUGAUUUUUGAUCAGGAGUUUGUUUCUGGGAUUCUCAUAAAGCAUCUCAUGCAACACACAAAACUCAAGCAUCUCUGUUUUAUUCAAGUGAGUUCGGAGUGUGCAUUCGAAGAAUUUUUGCCCCACAUGAAUUAUACCGACAUCACAAGAUUACCUGGAGCCGUCAACUUUUUUGAAAGCCUCACAAGCCUCGCCUCUUUAAAAAUUCUGAGCACAUCUCUGCUGAAUGGGAUUGCAGGAAUUUGUCAUUCAAUUGACACACUGUGCAUUGAUUGUGAUGAGACAAAUGAUGAAGGUUGGGCUACUCUGAUUAAUGCACAGAGCAAUCUAAUCAAUUUAAAGAUUACAGCAAGGAACACAAAUCAUCCUUUGAUCAGGAGGGCUUUGAGGAAUAAAGUGAACACACUAAUCAGUCUGUCACUUGUACCAAUCUACACUUCAAUGGAUACCUUUUUAAAUUGUAUUCAGCUUCGUGAACUGGAAAUUGAGGAGACCUCGGAAUAUGCCACAAAUACUGGACUAUUUCAAUUUUUCCACUCCACUUUUCCAAAACUCGAGAGUUUGUCUGUUAAGAUCCUUUCGGUUUCCUAUUUAUUUCAUUAUCUCACCACAUUCAUCCGUAACCAUUGCGGUUCACUUAGAGUUCUCAAAGUGACGUGUGUGCAAGGUUACCUGCAGGUCAAGAGGGAAUAUUUAGACUCCUACAGUGCAAUCAUAGUGGGAUCUUGCACAAAUCUGUUAGAAUACACUGGUCCACUUUCAAUAACAAAAAUACCUUUAUUGUUUAGGCAAUGUAAUCGACUUUUUAGAGUGAACCUUUUGAGCAACGAAUUUCUGUCCAUUAGCAUUUGUGAAGAGUUGGAACAAAUUGGCGAUUUGUUGCCUCGGAAUUUGGCCCAAAUCAAAAUUCCCAGUGAAUUCAAGUUUACGACUGAUGCACUUAGGCGAUUCCUACAGUCCUGUGAAAAGAGGUCAGUCCGAGACCUCGAAUUUGACGUUUCGAGGUAUUCGAGUGAACUGCAAAUCAUUCUUGAUAGGUACAAGAUGAAAGGUGUUUUGAACAAGAAAUGGGCCAAAAAGACUUGGUGA